AUGAUGGAACCAGCUAGUGGAGUAGACAAGCUGUCGCUUGCAGACACUACUCGGCUAGAUCUUACUGACGACACCGAUCUGCUCAAGGAUAUCUCUGACACGUCUGAGCGACAGGUCUUUAUCCACGAUCCCACACUCCAACCCAACGAAUUCAACCGUGCCACAAACCAUCCUAAUAGCUUGUCGCUCCUUCCAGCGAGCUCAGAUUUUGCCCGGCUUGUGCCUGCCAAUCAUCAGGCUAAGAUAGCAUUUCACGAAAUCGCGACACUUGUCAAACUGGAUAACUGCUGGAACCCUCAUUGCCGUGAAGCUGAAGUACGAGAAAUCUAUACCGGCUACUUUCGCCUGAAUCUUGACAUCCUGCCGGAGAAUUUUCCUAAGGGUUGGGUAAUUGGAUCUGGCCGCGGAGAAUCAGGGUAUGCUGGAGUGGACUUUCUCAUCACAGCUGACCGUGAGCGAGACCGUGUGGGAGGACGUCAUGGCAAAAUCAGGCACCACAAGGUCAGUCGAGUGCUGACCAUCGUACCAAUGUUCGGACAUGGUGUGCUUCUCAAUGGUGAAGAGAUUUCUAGGGAAGGAAAAGUGCUUGGGAACAUGCAGAUGGGCCUGACGAUUGGCAACCUCACCUUCAAAAUCGAAUUUCAAUCCGUGGACCCCGCAUCUUACAAUGCAAAGCUCGACAACAUUGUCCUGGGAAGUGGAACGUGGUUUUCGGAAAAGAUUGAAUCGUUCGACCCUACCCCCACAAACAGUCAUCUCAUGUUCCAUGGAUACCAGAUUCAGACUCCGCAAGCCUUUGGAGCGUACGGAGUUGUAAGCGCGUGCGUUCAUACCGAUUCUGGGAAUGUUUAUGCAGUGAAACGGGUUCAAAGAACACGAUACACCUUUGAUCAAAUCAGAGACGAGAUUACUGUCCUGAAGCUCUUGGGAAAACACCCUCAUAUCUGCACCUUGGCCGACGUCAUCUACUCGGACGGCGACGACACUUCGAUGGGAAACAAAAAGAUCAACGACAUAUACAUGUUCUUUGAACCGUGGGCUCCUGAUAUUCUCGAAGUACUGACAAAACCGCAAGUGAGCCGCUCUGUACGUUGGAGAGCCUUCCACCAGGGUGCCCAGGGUAUCCGAUACCUUCACUCUCUUGGCAUCAUUCACCGAGACCUGAAAAUGGGCAAUAUUCUGGUGGUCCGAUCCGAUCCACUGCGCGUGGUCAUUGCCGACUUUGGCCACGCCACCACGUGCACAAACUCCCAGGACCACAUGAAAGGGACAAUCGUUUUCCUCGCCCCUGAAAUCAUCGAGCUGAAGCGAAGGUCGAGAGACACAAACCCUUUCUCGCCGGAUCCAACACUACACUGGUCGUGCAAGUCUGACGUCUACAGCUACGGCCUGGUCGGAUGGACCUUGCUUCAUGGAAAACCUAAUCUUCCACUAAACGGUAUCGACAAGGUUGCACAUCAACAUCUUCUUGCAACCCUUGGAAAAUCCAGCACGGCUGCGGGUGAUGUUUUGGCACGUAUGCUCGCGUGGGACGCCGAGUCGCGGCUAGGUAUGCGCGAACUCCUCCUGGCAUCGUGCUGGUCCGAGUCUGAAACGACGUGUCAUGAGAAGAAAAGACAAUUCCCCGAAAGUUGACUUUCUGGCUCAGAUGUUUGUUGAGACCUGCACUAAUAACGGCCGACAAAUCUUGAUGACUGCGAUGCGACAUGAGUCAUGAGACCGAGGAAACAGAACCGUAUCGGGACUUUUCUAAUUACUUCCUCCACCUCCACCA